AUGGAACUGAUUGUUUCCAUCACUUUCCCCUACAUCAAGGCGGUAAUGCAAAGUCCUGGAGGGGAUUUGGGUGCCAAAAAGAAAAAGAAGAAACAGAAGAGAAAAAAGGAGAAACCGAACUCCGGAGGCACCAAGUCAGACUCGGCCUCUGAUUCGCAGGAGAUUAAAAUCCAGCAGCCUUCCAAAAAUCCCAGCAUUCCAAUGCAGAAGUUGCAGGAUAUCCAGAGAGCAAUGGAGCUGUUGUCCGCGUGCCAGGGCCCCGCCAGGAGCAUCGAUGAGGCUGCCAAACACAGAUACCAGUUUUGGGACACACAGCCGGUACCCAAAUUAAAUGAAGUCAUAACCUCUCACGGGGCCAUUGAAGCGGAUAAAGACAACGUGCGUCAGGAGCCCUAUUCCCUGCCGCAGGGUUUUAUGUGGGACACCCUGGACUUGGGUAACGCCGAUGUGCUCAAGGAGCUGUACACGCUGUUAAAUGAGAAUUACGUGGAAGAUGAGGAGAGCGUGUUCCGUUUCGACUACUCGCCCGAAUUCUUGCUGUGGGCGCUGCGUCCCCCGGGCUGGCUCCUUCAGUGGCACUGUGGGGUCCGAGUGUCUUCGAACAAAAAGCUAGUAGGGUUCAUAAGUGCCAUCCCAGCAAACAUUCGGAUUUAUGACAGUGUGAAAAAGAUGGUAGAAAUCAACUUUCUUUGUGUUCAUAAGAAAUUGAGAUCAAAACGGGUAGCUCCAGUGUUAAUUCGAGAAAUAACCAGAAGAGUGAACCUGGAAGGGAUUUUUCAGGCUGUCUAUACCGCUGGAGUGGUUCUUCCUAAGCCGGUAGCCACUUGCAGAUACUGGCAUCGAUCACUAAACCCCAGAAAACUGGUAGAAGUGAAAUUUUCUCACUUGAGUAGAAAUAUGACUUUACAGAGAACAAUGAAGCUCUACAGACUUCCAGAUGCUACCAAGACGUCAGGCCUGAGACCGAUGGAACCGAGAGAUAUCCGGGCCGUUCGAGACUUGACCAACACUUACCUGAAGCAGUUUCAUCUCGCCCCGGUGAUGGAUGAAGAGGAAGUAGCUCACUGGUUCCUCCCCCAGGAGCACAUUAUUGAUACGUUUGUAGUGGAGGUAAACAUAAGGGGGUUAAGACACUACAGACAAGUAUGAAAACACCACACAGCUGAGUCUGUUUUCUGGAGGGAUCAAAGAGUGCCGCUCUCUCUCCUCUUUCUCCGUGACUCACUGCUUCCAAACCAGAUUUCUGCUCCCCCCAAUAGAACCAGAAUUUAUUCUUACAGUUUCCGUUCCUAGAGAAGAGCAUAUUUUUACUAGUGAUUAAUAGGAAAUCAGGAUACGUUUCUGUUGGUACCUGUGUGAUUAAUUGCUUUAUUCAGUUUUGAAAAAGUCGAUUUGGAUGGCGUUAUCUGAGGUACUUUCCAAAGUUUAAUAUCUUUGGGUUUUGCAAACCUGGUUUGACCUGAACUGCUUUCCGUUGAGAUGGCAUAACUCAGCCACUUAACCCUUGUUCAAGGGAAGGAAGGAAAAGUAACAGAUUUUCUGAUUAUUGAUUGGAUGAAUUUAACAUAGUGCUUUUUAAACCUUUUUUUAGAAAAAAAAAAAAAGCUUGGAAUUUGUCGUUCAGAUGAUGUUUCGCAUAGAAGCUCUUUCAGUUGAAGUGGGAUUGGGUUCAAAAGUUGAGAUUUAAGCUGGUAAGUACCUGGAGGAGAGAAAGAAUAAGGAGGCCGGGUAGAAGUUCCGACAACAGUCCAUUCACCAUUCAGGUGUGAGCACUGAGCUGGAAUUGUCUUUUCAACAUUGUCAGGCAUCCGUCUGGAUGUAGGAUGACAGCCAAGGCAGCGCAGAAAUGGUAGAAACAGACAGGGUGAAUUCAAAGGACAUUUCUGGAGAACAACCGAGCAGUCUUUGUUUUUAAGCUCUUAUUUCUAGAACAGAGUGCACAUCUUUAAGCA